CGAUAAACUUUUAUACUUUUCUUGGACAGUAUUUCACUCUCCGAAAUCUACCAAUAUAUAUAUCUAUACACAAUUACAAUUCUCUCUCUCUCCCACCAUGCAUCUGCUGUCCUGUCCUGUUCUGUUCUCACUUCCCGGUGUCUGUCGCGUUCACGGUUGUCCAAGCUCCUCUCUUUUAUCCCAGCAUCCCAGCCUCUUUUCUCAUCGUCGCGUGCGUGCCGGUUGGGUCUGUCGCGCUACUGUAGGCAUCUUGAGCCAGCCUGCUGCGGAACGGACACAGGGACGGGGGUUUCCAGCGCGUAUGAGACAAAUCGGGUCUCGCACACCACCAGCGAAUUGAUGAAAUUCCGAGCUGCUCUCCACUCGGUCAGCAGCACCGUGGAAAGGAUUUUUUUGGCCUGGAACGGGUGCGAGAUGGGUGAGGGAGGGGUAGGUACUUUUUUUUAUGUUAGGUGCAGAGCGGGGCGGUGUGACAUGAGUG